CUACCUUGGUUACAUCGAACAAAGCAAGCCUUCUAAUAAUCUCACGUCAUGUCAUCAAGACGACUAAGCGGCUCUCUCUGCCUCCAUCAUCGACAGAUUGGAGCAAUUGCAUGAACCCUCCCGUAAAUCGUCGGCGAUCGAUCUUCUAAAUUACCUAGGGUUGGUGGUUUGAUCCAUUGGCGCGGGACCUAAAUGGGUUGGGCAAUUGCUCUUCACGGCGGCGCCGGCGACAUCCCUCUCUCUUUGUCACUGGACCGCCGCCAACCCCGCGAGGAAACCCUCCGUCGUUGCCUGCAGAUCGGCGUUCAAGCUCUCAAAGAGCAGAAACCUCCAUUGGAUGUUGUUGAACUUGUGGUACGAGAGCUCGAAAACUGUCCACAUUUCAAUGCAGGUAGGGGCUCUGUCUUAACAACCAAUGGCACCGUCGAAAUGGAAGCUAGCAUCAUGGAUGGUAAGAAGAGAUGUGGAGCCGUUUCUGGGCUCACCACUGUUGUUAAUGCCAUAUCUCUAGCAAGGCUUGUUAUGGAGAAAACACCUCAUAUAUAUCUAGCAUUUGAUGGAGCUGAGGCUUUUGCAAGGGAACAAGGAGUGGAGACCACUGAUCCAAGCUACUUUAUCACCCCACAGAACAUUGAAAGGCUAAAACAAGCUAAAGAGGCAAACAGUGUGCAGAUUGAUUAUACUCAACCAAGUCCCCAAGCCACAGUACAAGAAACUGAGAUUGGAAAUGGUGACAGUCAAAUCGGGACUGUUGGAUGUGUGGCUGUUGAUAACCAUGGGAAUUUAGCUGCUGCAACUUCCACUGGUGGAUUAGUAAACAAAAUGGUCGGUAGGAUCGGCGACACUCCAUUAAUAGGGGCCGGGACGUAUGCUAACCAUCUCUGUGCAGUUUCUGCAACUGGAAAGGGCGAAGCCAUCAUACGUGGUACUGUGGCAAGGGAUGUGGCAGCUCUAAUGGAGUUCAAGGAUCUAUCUCUUGAAGAAGCAGCAGCUUGUGCUGUCGAAAGUGUUCCGAAAGGCAAUGUUGGGUUGAUUGCAGUAUCAGCCUCGGGCGAUGUUGCUAUGCCUUUCAACACGACUGGAAUGUUCCGAGCUUGCGCAACUGAAGAUGGUUAUUCAGAGAUUGCAAUAUGGCCUUCCAACAUGACUGAAUGAAUGUUGUUGCCGCGAAGCCUGUACUGAAGUUUGGUUCUAUCUUCAGCUGUCAGAGAAAUCCUCUGUUGUUUCCUUCCUAAAGUAUUAAGAAUAGCCUUCCAAAGGAUCUUUCGUUUUCAUUUAUUUGGUUGGAUUUCUAUGGCUAGCUUUUCUUUAAACACCGUUAACAA